AUGCCUAAAGCCACGACACCUGUGGCCGAGCGCCAAGGCCGUCGCCACAACCCUCUCGAGGCCGAUAUCCUCGGAGGCAGCGGGAUUCUGAGAUCCGGGAAGACGGCAAAGAAGACGAAGGAGGAGAAGAGCGAGGACCACUUCGUCAACUCGAAACAAUCAGCACGGAUUCUACAACUGGGUCGAGAGCUUGCCGACGAGGACGAUGAGCAAGCCAAGCCUGCCGGGGAGGCGCGGAAGAGCGCCUUCGAUGUCGACUCGCGAUUUGCGCAAGAGGACGACAAGGACGAGAACAAGUUCGAGGAUGAGGAAGCAUGGGGAGAAGAGGAAGAGGAGAUCGAUCUCGAAGGAGCCGAGAUCGCACCCGAAGACUUGGCCAUGUUCAACAAGUUCCUCACGGCAGACGAGGACCCGCUGUUGAAGCACGGCUGGGAUCGCAAACCCGCCGAUGGCGAGGAGCAACAAGGAGGGACAAACCUGGCGGACCUGAUCAUGGAGAAAAUCCAGGCGUUCGAAUCUGGCGGAGGCGACCAACAGGAUAUGGGUGGCGUGGAAGACUUUGCCGAGGAAGAUCUACACCCCAAAGUCAUUGAGGUCUAUGCGAAGUGUGGCAUGAUCCUGAGCCGCUGGAAGAGCGGCCCCCUUCCGAAACCUAUGAAGAUUCUGCCGACAGUGCCUGACUGGGAGAGGAUCAUUGAGGUCGCUCAACCUGAGAACUGGACUCCGAAUGCGAUUUAUGGGUUGACUCGAAUCUUCGCCUCUGCGAAGCCAGCCGUCGUCCAACGAUGGCUCGAGAUAGUGGUGCUGCCUCGGGUGCGAGAUGAAAUCUACGAAACUAAGAAGCUGAACGUCCAUCUUUAUAACUCGCUCAAGAAGAGUUUAUACAAGCCAUCCGCCUUCUUCAAAGGCAUCCUGUUCCCCCUUGUCGGUUCGGGGACAUGCACAUUGCGCGAGGCUCACAUUGUUUCCUCCGUCAUGGCCCGCGUAUCCAUUCCUAUCCUGCACUCCGCAGCAGGACUCAAGGGACUUUGCGACUUGGCGGCGCAGCAAGCUUCCAACGGCGAGAAUGCCGCCAGCACAAACGUGUUCAUCAAGGUCCUGCUCGACAAGGGACUAGCAUUGCCGUACCAGGUCAUCGACGCGCUGGUGUUUUUCUUCCUGCGGUUUAGGUCAGUUGAUCCUGCGGCCGUGAAGGAGGCCGAGGCCAUGGAGAGGCCAUCAGAAGCCAAGAUGAUGCGGCAACUGCCUGUCUUGUGGCAUCAGUGCCUGCUGAGUUUCGCUCAGAGAUACCGGAAUGAUAUAAAUGAGGACCAACGAGAGGCCCUACUAGAUUUGCUGCUCACCCACGGCCACUCCGCGAUUGGGCCCGAGAUUAGGAGGGAGCUGGUUGCAGGCCGUGGCAGAGGCGUCCCAGUUGAACCACAGGGACAGGCUUUUGAUGGAGACGAUACGAUGCAGAUUGAUUCGUGA